UAUAAAGGCGGCGCGGAGGUGCCGGGGCUCCAAGCCGCUGUAAGGGCGGCGCGGCGGCCGGGCCGGGCGCGCCAUGGCCAACCCGUCGCAGUGCCUGGAGGAGGGCGCCGGGCGCUGGCCGCCGCGGCCGCCCGGGCCGUACAGCGAGGCGCAGCGGCUGGCGCUGGAGGAGCUGGUGGCGGGCGGCCCCGAGGCGCUGCGGGCCUUCCUGCGGCGGGAGCAGCUGCCGCCGUUCCUCUCGGAGCCCGAGGUGCAGGCCAUCGCGCGGGGCGCCCUGCCGCCCGCCGCCGCCCCGGAGCCGCCGGCCGAGGCCUCGCUCGGCGCCUCCCUCGACGCCUCCUCGCUCACCUACUUCCCCGAGCGCUCGGACCUGGAGCCGCCGGCGCUGGAGCUGGGCUGGCCGGGCUUCGCCAGCGGCGCCUUCCGCGGGCUGACGCGGGUGGAGGCGCAUUUCCAGCCCGGCUGCGGGGAGAGCAUCUACGGCUGCAAGGAGGCGGUGCGGCGGCAGAUCCGCUCCGCCCGGCAGGUGAUUGCCCUUGUGAUGGAUUCCUUCACAGAUAUUGACAUCUUCGGUGACCUUCAGGAUGCCUACAACAACCGCAAAGUCCCUGUCUAUAUCCUUCUUGACCAGGACUUUCUGCCCCAUUUCUUGGAAAUGUGCAAGAAUUUGGGAGUUUGUCCUGAGCAGGAAAGUCUGAUGAGAGUUCGGACUCUCACAGGGAACACAUACUACAUGAGGUCAGGUGCCAAAAUUGUUGGGAAAGUCCAUGAGAAGUUCAUGUUAAUUGAUGGCAUUAGAGUGACAACAGGCUCCUACAGUUUCACGUGGUCUGACGGGAAGCUGAACAGCAGUAACUUGCUGCUACUGUCAGGUCAAGUGGUUGAACACUUUGACCUCCAGUUCAGGAUUCUCUAUGCCCAGUCGAUGCCCAUCAGCCCUAAAUGGCCGUCCAGCUGCGGGAACAGUGGGAUAUUUGAUCACCUGACGAACAGAACAGAGUCCCCUAAAGAAUACACUGUGGAAGGCAACUUGAGAGCAGAAUUUGCCAGAUUGUCUAGUACUCCAAAGAAACUGUUGAAAGAACUGGAUCUGGCUGAAGAUACUCCUGGAGGCAAACCUUGUAACCUGGAGCAUUCUUGCCUCUGCGAAGAGUGGCGGCUCAGUGAUCAAGCGGCCCUAGUGGGACGGAAAAGUGCAUCGACUCAAACUGGCCCGUGGGAAGAGAAGCCUGCAGUGACCGCAUGUAACGCUGCCACGCAGACCAGAGCUGUAACGGCAGAAACCAGCACUCAGACUUCUGUCACUGCUAGAGUGACGGGCACUCAGACUUCAGUUUUGCUGAAGACUGCAGUGACACAGACAAAGGAAGAGGAGUACACAGGAACACCCCUGCUUCUCAGAAAGUUGUCAAGAGAAGGAUCUUCUCUCUCUGGAAAGGCUGUAUCAAGUUCUAGUUUGCGAUCACUGUCUUCAUCAUCAUCCCAGUGCUCUCUUGCAAGCUCUACUGGCUCACUCUCUUCUCUCCGGUCCUUUGAAUAUUCUAGCAGCCACAGGGCAGAAUAUUUCCAAAAAUUGCAUAAAGAGAGGCAAUUCCACUACUCCACUAUCAGGUCGAAGCUUAGCCACAUGGUGGGUAUCCUGUCCCGGAGGGGGCGUGCGCCUGAAAACUACAUGCCCCACUACACUGGAAGAUGCAAUCUAAAACAGAGGCGUGACAUCAGUGCCAGCCUGCGCAGCCUCCGGGACGUUUCACUCUUUUCUCUGAAUAAAUGAUUGCUGCACUGAGUGCAGAACACAA